AUGAUACGUCCACGUAGUAAUUUGGGGACACUUCCGGAGGAACCCAGUGUGGAGAGCAAGUCGGGGCGCACACUGGCCGGCAUAACCAGCUCCCGGAAGGAGAGUGGUAUGAGAUCACGGACAAGUAGCGGGUCUGCGCAGGCUGUGGGCCUGGGUCUCGGGAGAAGACCCAGCGAUAAUUUAUUCCAUGGGCACGCUGAUCCGCUGGACACGAUGCAGAUGUUGAGCGAGGCUCUGCCUCAGCCGCCUAAGAUAGAACACGGUAUGCGUCGUGAAAGGCCGAUAUCGAACGACUCUAUUAUGACUACUAAGAGUUCUGAAAUCUUUUCGACUAGCUCUUCUGAUACGCAGUCGAAUAUCUCUGUGGCCACGAACGAUAGUGAAGACCACUCUUUUGGGAUGGAUAAAUCUGUGGACAACUCUUCUACUAAUGCCACACUGACUAACAGGUCUAUCGAGAACAGAUCAAACGGAGACUCCUAUAGUAUUGGUGAGAAGUCAGACGUAUCGGUCAAUCGUUCCACGAAGUCGGGAAAUAACCCGUUACAGAGAACUCAGAGUGAGACUAUAUCGGUGAACAUGUCCCACAAUAGGAGCAUGAAUGGUGCAAUGAAACAACCAACUCCCCCUUUUAUGGGAAAGAACAGUAGUAUACCGAACCUAAGAUAUAAUUCUCAACCACAACAAGAUAAUAGAUCGGUACCUAACGGUGAAUUUGGGUCAAAGCUUUAUAACCUCUCCAAUAGUACAUCGGCCAUUAUCCCAAAUGCAGGGACAGGAUCUAAGCUUGCAUUAACCCCAUCACAAAGAUAUAGACUGAGAAAAGAACAAUCUGAGCAUGCACUGCGAGACGUUAUCAAAAGAAAAGAAAAAUUAUAUGACGAACAGGAUGGAAUAAUAGAGCUACAAGAGGGAGAUAUUGACGGCUCAUUUAUCUUUAAUGUCCCUAUGUCUUCAUAUUCUACAACCUCUUUUCUAAACACGACUCGACAAAAGGACAGUGCAACCAAUUCUAGUAGCACCAUAACCGAAAGAAUCACUCCUGGUGAGAAUCAGUCUCAGAAUAAUAGAGAAUCAAAUAUGUCUUUUGCAAGCACCAUAUCAAGCACAUCAAUGCUUGAUUUUUUUGAGAUGCCUACUUCUCCAAUACCUGGCGUGAACAAAGUAUCUGAUUUUCAAUACUUACAGGAUACAACGAAGCAUUUGAGCUCAGUUUACUUACAUUCCUCAACUAAACUUUCGAAAUCGAAACUCUCGGAAAGAACUGCAUCUGCAGAUUGCCUUCCUUUAGAAUUUAAAGAGGCCAGUGAGAAAGGUAUGGAAGACUUAUUAUUAGUUUCAGAAAAUAAACUAGACGCGGUGAGCCAUACAAGACCAAGCUGGCUACCACCCAAGGAUCCAGAAGAAAAGAAAUUACAUGAAAGAGAAAUAUCGAAGACCCUAAGUAUGGCCUCCUUGGAUCAGCUUGAAAAGAACAAAGAUAGAGAUUCAAAAAUUAUAAAAGAUGAAACAAAUAAACAGAAGUACGUGUUGCUAGUUGAUAGAAAUAUUACACGGAAAUCCUCUCUACAAAGUUUAAAAAAAAUAAUAUGGGAAACACCAAUAAAUGCAGAAUUAAGAAAUCAUAUUUAUGAUAUGGUAUUACAGAGUGAAGCUCGUUUAGUCACAGAAAGGUUUACAGAAUCUUUUGACGAUAUCAUUAAAUUGUCGAACAGAAUUGAACUAACUAAGACAAAAGAGAUUGAAAUAAGAAACUUGAUAACGGCAAAUAUAGAAAACAAAGCCGGUGGGAAAUAUGAUGUAUCUGAUGAUUUGGUAUUAAUGUUAAAACUGAAAUCCAUCUCUCAACAAGGUAUCCUACCUGGUGAUGAAUUAUUAUUCCAUCAUUUAUUAAUAGAUGACUCAUUUGAGAAUUUGAACCAAGUGUGGGAAAUGGUAAAUCUAAUUCAAAUGACGUGCUUUAAUGAGAUUACUAAGGAUAAAUUUGAUUCCAAGAUACUCGAAAAAUCAGGUGUAGUGGCAUCUUAUAUGUUACAAGAUGAUAGUUUCAAACAUGAAUUCAAUGCCAACUGUUUGAACUCCAACACGUGGUGGAACAUAUUGGAAAGAGUAAACCAUGACCUAUUUAUGUGGAUCAUAGAUAUAAUUGUAACCAUGAACUCACAACCAUUUAAAAACUCACCAAUUAACAAAGAAAAGUAUUCUGAAGUAAACUGGGACGUCUAUCGAGACAAUAAAGUGCUAAUCAACUAUCAAAUUCUGAUAUCUUUCGCUUUGAAUGUUCUUCUAAACUAUCAUUUCGGGUUCAACGAUCUAAAAUCUCUUGCAGAUGUGAAGGAUAAAAAUUUUUGUAUCCCCAUUUCUGAAGAAAAUUAUCUAGACAUUGAUGAGAUAAACAGCCUUUUUGUUGGAAAGUGGAAGCAUUACUUCAAAAAAUUUUAG